GUGAUUAAUUUGAGUCCGGAUUUGGAGGGAGUUUACCUAGAGGUUAGGUCUAGGAAUCAAUGGAAUCCAGUGGCAUAGUUCAAUGAGUAUGGAAUAGUUCAAAUAUCAAUUUUUAGGAAUUUAUUCAUUCCCAAAUCAAUCUGCCAUUUGCAAAAGCUCUCUCAAUUCCUCGCCUGAACCCGCGCUAUGUCGACGGUGCCUUCUACAUCCGCUGCUGCUUCGUCUUCCUCGUCGCAGUACACGUUCUCAAACGGCACAUACUUCCCGACGCCGUUUCAUCUCCAACCGCAGCCGUCGCAAGCAUACAUCGGCGCUGCCCUUCCGCCGGCUCAACUCCCUACCGUGUAUCCACCACCAGCCCCCCUACCCGGCGUGUAUUCGUUACCUCAGUACCAACAAGCACAACAGUUGUUUCAAAGGGAUGCCCAAACAAUUACUCCAGAAGCACUCGAAAAUGUGAAAGCUGCACUUGCAAGCAGUGAUAUUGAUCAUAAAGUGGAGUCUAAGAAGAAAGCAUUGCCCCGUAAAGCGGCAGGGCAAAGUUGGGAGGACCCUACUCUUGCUGAUUGGCCAGAAAAUGAUUAUCGUCUGUUUUGUGGCGAUCUUGGAAACGAGGUGAAUGAUGAUGUUUUAUCAAAAGCAUUUUCAAGAUUCCCUUCUUUUAACAUGGCUAGGGUUGUGCGUGAUAAGCGAACUGGUAAAACUAAAGGCUUUGGAUUUGUAAGUUUUUCAAACCCUUUGGACCUCGCUGCAGCCCUUAAAGAAAUGAAUGGUAAAUAUGUCGGGAAUAGACCAAUUAAACUUCGCAAGAGCAAGUGGCAGGACAGGAUUGAUGUUGAAGCUUUAGAAAGACAAAAGAACCACUCUCAGAAGAAGGGGAAAAUGGCGAGGAAGAGUAUAUUUCACAAGUGAGCAUGUUUAUGAAGUUGAGCUCUGACUGUAAGAAACAUGGUGGGAUUGUAUUGCCCUCAUACCUUUCCUCACAUGAAUGACAUGGAGUUUGUGCACUUUCUGAUAGUUUCUGUUCUAUAUUCAUUCAUCCUCUUUGGGGACACCAUAUGAAAGCUGUACUUGAGAGCAUGCAACCUCAUAUUGUGUACUGGGAUGAGAAGACGUAUUUGACCAUUUCGUUUACGUCCAGCUAUUCCCUAAAUCAUCUAUAUGUAUAUUUGUGCUUUUUUUUUAUAAAUAUUUGUAAUUUCCAUAUUGUUACUCUAGUUGGUUGUCAUUUCUAACUAGUGCAUCACUUCACUGCUCCCCUUGUGGUUCAAGGCUAUGAUGUUUUCAUGUGUGUUUGUGUGUCAAUAUUCUAACACUGCUCCUUGGUCUCAU